UCUCGAAAUGCUGUCAGAUAAUCUCCCACCGUACCGUAAAGCUUUCACUUGCGCGCUAUGUCCUUGGGCAUAGAGGUUUCCGCAACAUUGUAAUUCCGAAACGGGCCGACGUGAGCAAAGUAUCAACCUUUCCGAGUGAGGCGGCAUGCAUCUCAAAAGUGGCAGCGAGAGCACACAAACUACCAGCUUGAUCAUGCAAGGGUGGACGAGAAUCCUGCACGUUUCUCUGCGGUACACAGGUUCGUGGUUGCCGCGGAACCCUACCGCCGAACGCUCCGCCUUGGGCCAACUUCUCUGGUCGAGCCACAGCUUUCAACCACAGAGUACGGUUCACCUGCUUUUAGUGGGAAGGGAACCCACGCUCUUGAAAAUUUACAUUCUCCAAAAGAAGAGGACACAGUAACCGUCCGUUGCUUACUGGUAAGUAGAAACGUCGCGCGCCCAAACCCCUGCAUUUCACCACGAUGCUCCUCCAGCUGCACGCCCAGAUUUCUUCAUGGUGGCAUGGGACUCCGCUACCGGCACGAACGCCUGCGAACAUCAAAUUCCAGAGAUGGAAUCACUACACCAACGGCCGAUGGAUCCCACUUGCGAGAAACACUCCUUCAACUGUUGCUCCGCAUCCUUCGCCCGGCAGACUAGAAGUCGUCACGUGGAACGUGGAUGCUGGCUCACCAUCUCCUGGACCUCGUAUUUCCGCUCUCCUGCAAACUAUCGAGGCCAUGGCGAAUGCCGAUGUUAUCUUUCUCCAAGACGUCAACAAGGCUGCGAUUGCCCAGCUACUAGCGCAUCCUUGGAUACAGCAGCAGUGGUAUUCAAGCGAAGCCGACGACUCCAAGUUCGGAAAGCAAUCAUUUGCUACCGUCACCCUGAUAUCGAAGAUCUGUCUAUUCAAUCACUCCAUCUCGCUCGGCCCGAUUUGGAGGGUUUCUCUGCCUAGUCGCUUCGAUAGAGAUGCCCUAUGUUGCGACUUGGUUUCCAACAAGACUCCCCAAACUAAAGGGCUUGCCCGGAUCCGUCUCAUCAACGUACAUCUCGACUCGUUACCCAUCAAUCCUUCACGACGACCGCAGCAGCUAUCCAUCAUUGCCUCUUACCUGCGCGCGGCCGGUCAUGGGCUUGUGGCUGGCGACUUCAAUCCGGUGCUCCCCGAGGACGAUGAAAUCGUUUCCGAUAAUGGUCUGGUCGACGCAUGGACCUAUCUUCGCCCGUCUGAUCCGGGAUUUACUUGGGGUGCCCGUGGCGACAAACCGUUUCCGCCGAAUCGCCUCGACAAAGUUGCGCUGCAUAACCUUACACCUUCCAAUAUCCGCAUCCUGCAGACGUCUUCAAUAAAACAUGACUGUACGGAUCUCGAGUUCAGCGAUCACCUUGGGCUUUCUUGUGUCUUCACCUGGAACUAGGUUGGGUAGAUGCUGUGACAGCGCGCAGAAGAAGGGGUCAAACGUGCUGGAGCGUUGUGUUGCCUGUUGGUGAGGAUAUGGGCAAUCUUUGAGGCGUGUAGGAUAAGGGAAGGUAGCUACGAGGCUGUCUCAGAUAGAGCCAAUUAGGUCAUGGUGCGAUACCUUCGCCCUUCUUUCGGCGCAAUACAUAUUGAAGCCAUUAGAUCACAGAAUGCUGGAUACGGGCAGAAGCAGGCGUGCAAACAUGUGGGUAGGCAUAUGAAUUUUCUUUUCAUAGACCACGGCGCUUCGCCGAAUCAUUGUACAUCAAGGAACCUGAAC